AUGGCCACCACUUUGAACGCUUCGAUGCCCGAGAGCAAGCCCCGUACAAGAUGGUUGGGACAACAGGUCGAGACCGACUCGGAGGACGAAGAGGAUGAUAUCGAGGUGUUCUGGGAAACGACGUCGAUCAUGUCCGGUGUCCCGACCAUCUCACCCAACAAGAUGCCGACGACGACGACGACGACGACGACGACGAGUACCCCACCUCGCACGACUUCCACCUCCAGGACCACGACGGCGGCGGGUCAUAUGACCCACUUGGCAGGGCAGAAGAGACCGGCGAAUGCAUCACCUCCGCCAUCAUAUUCUUCUUCUUCGACAGCAACCAAGACGGCCUCUGCAGUAGCAACAGCAGCAGCCUCCUUGGCCCGACGAAGGAAGAAGCGAGCCGGCGAAGGCUGCGACGUCCCGAUCGGACAAGCCGUCGAUUCCAAAACGCUCAAAAUGGUCGGCCAACUCGCCAUCAAAUUCAGUACGCGAUCGUCCUCCGCUGCUGCUGCUGCUGCUGUUGCUGCAAAUGCGAGUCGACAGUCGGUCGGGGCUAAGAAGAAUCAUAGUGCACCUUUUCUGCCUUUGAGGGAUAGCACGGGGAGGAUGGUCAAUGUCAAUUCGGCGAGGACGGGGAUGACGACCGAGAGCAAAGGCAAGACAGUUGCUCGAGCAGCAACAGGUUAGUGACUGGUAUGUAAAAUGACUUGGAAGGUCGUACUCAUUCCAAGUCAAUCCACAAACAGCACCAUCGGGGACACUCUUGGAUCAGCGAGCUCGGACCGCUCGUCGAUCGCCUCCCACCCUCAUCUCAGUCGCACCCAGGGCAAAUCAUUCAACAUCGCACGCCUCUUCCUCGAGAGCAUCUGUAGCGGACACCUCAUUACGAAGUACGAACGUUCUUACGACCAGUGUGACCCGGGUGGAGCCUAUCGAAGAAUCCCGACCCAAGAGCGACGACUUUGACGACCUCUUUGACGGCGACGACUCGUUCGAACACAUACUCUCCCAAUACGACGAGGAGUCCCUCAUUUCAAAUGCUACUACCAUCAUCUCGUCGCAAUCGAUGGGGACGACGACGGUGUGCAAGAAUGAUCAAGCCAAACCUGCGGUGCCGGAGCAGAAACGGUCGGAUCGGAUCCUUCAUGGUGUUGGGGGACAGGUCGCGACAAAAAUGACCACUUCGCCACUGCCCCGGCUACCCCAUGCAUCCUCCACGCGCUCCGAAGUAGCCGCAAGAGGAGCCUCACCGAGGCGGAGUGCGAGGGCCGCCGUCACACGGACCACAAAAUCGGCUGCGGCCCCAGUUACGCGAGUGAUGACGACGACCACAACAGCGCCUACCGCAUCGACGACCAAAGCUCCCGCUCGACCACUACCUAUCCAACGAACGGUUUCCUCAUCUUCAUGCAGUCAAGCUGAGGCUCAGGAGAGGUUGCAGCAAGAAUUGCAGAGUCUGGCCGAGCAAGAUGUCAGUUUCUGGUCCGAAGAAGGGGCUGAGGUCUGA